UAAUUUGCUAUAAGCACUAUUUUAACUUAGCUGCAGGAUCUUUUUAUUCCUGAGAAUUUUUUUUCACUAAUAUUUUUUUAUAUAUAUAUUUUGUGUGCAUCAUCCACUUUUUUUUCUUCUUUGAUUGAUUUGCAACUUUGACUAGGGAUACAGAUCCUAAGCAAGACCACAAUGAGAAACCUCAGGAUGUUCGUGAGCAGAAGCUAGCGAGAGUAACAGUUCUCUUCCUCCAUCUCUCUUCCCCAGGAUCACAGAGGGAGAGAUGCAAGGGGAAAGGAAAUGGCACGCUCUGCUGGCCAUCUCAUUAUUGCUGAUAACAUCUUCAGCUCACGGUAACAGAGAAGUGCGAGAGAAGGAAAGGGCAACUCUCCUAGACGUCAUUGUUCGAGCUAUUGGGGACAGUAAUAAUAACAGAGAAAAAGUCAUUUCUAGGCGGCACACCGAGGGGGCUGAGUACUCUGCGGACCAAAACAACCAAAGACUUUCCUCUAGGGAGAGAACAACUUUUGUGACAAAGCCGAGCAGUAAGCGACCAAUAGAAAUAUUUUCUCGAGAUCCCAACCUAAAAGACAAGUUCAUUCAACAUUUUACAGCAGGUCCAGUUACAUUUUCUGCUGAGUGUAACAAGCAUUUCCAUCGACUCUACCAUAACACAAGGGAGUGUUCAACACCAAUUUAUUAUAAAAGAUGUGCAAGGCUACUAACACGUCUGGCUAUGAGCCCCUUAUGUUCACAAUCCUAAAUGGUUAUGGGAUCUUGAAUAUUUUAAACAGAACUCUGAUUUGCCAAGAAUGUGCCUUGAAAAUGUCUCCAAGAUAGGACUGAUGAUUUAACCCACGAUGAUCUAACUUACAAGAUACAUCUUAUUUUCUCUAUGUUGAACAUUCCAUUGUCAUGUGAAUAAAACAUUUUGUUUUCAUGUUUAAUUAUGUUGCUCAGAGCUAAAAAUAUCAACUAUUUAUUUAAAUACAUUGUAUAUAAUAUUUACAAAUAAUAUACAAAAUAUAUGUUAUAACCACUUGCAGUCA